CGCCACAUCGAUUUAGCUCUUCCGAAGAAAUGGCGUUCACGAAGGAGGAAGAAGGGCCAUCCGCUGCCCCGAGUGGCGGCGCUGGCAAGCAAAAACUAGAACGAUGGUCCUUAGGAUCUUUAGUAGAUGGUUCUAAAAGCCUCCUUAUAUUUGUAGUGCUAGCGCUGGCAUGGUUCCUUGGAUUUUCAAGCCGUCUGUUCUCUGUUCUGCGAUUUGAAAGUAUUAUCCACGAAUUUGAUCCUUGGUUCAACUAUCGUGCUACAGCGCAGCUCACCGAGCAUGGCUUCUAUCACUUUCUCAACUGGUUUGACGAGACUGCCUGGUAUCCGCUGGGCAGAAUUGUGGGAGGAACGGUGUACCCUGGCCUGAUGGUGACGUCCGGCCUGAUUCACUACGUGCUGAACACACUCAACAUCACCGUACACAUCCGUGAUGUCUGUGUCUUCCUUGCUCCCAUCUUCAGUGGCUUGACUGCCAUUGCCACAUACCUGCUGACAAAGGAGGUGUGGAAUCGCGGUGCUGGACUGUUGGCUGCCUGCUUCAUAGCCAUCGUGCCGGGUUACAUCUCUCGCUCCGUGGCCGGCUCGUAUGACAACGAGGGCAUUGCCAUCUUUGCCCUGAUGUGCACGUACUGGCUGUGGGUGAAGUCGGUGAAGACUGGUUCGGUGUUCUGGGCCGUGGCCUGCUCCAUCUCCUAUUUCUACAUGGUGUCAGCAUGGGGUGGCUAUGUAUUCAUCAUCAAUCUGAUUCCGCUGCACGUCUUCUUCCUGCUGCUGAUGGGACGCUUCUCCAACCGCGUCUAUGUUGUGUACACCACAUUCUUCAUCCUGGGUCUUGUGCUCUCCAUGCAAGUGCCAUUUGUUGGCUUCCAGCCUCUGCGCACCAGCGAGCACAUGGCAGCCAUUGGUGUGUUCCUGCUGCUGCAAGCCGUGGCCUUCCUGACCUUCCUGCGCAGUCACUUGCCACUGGCCGCCUUUAAGCAGCUCUUCCUCCUGCUGGCCGUGGCUGCUGCUGCUGUCGUCUUCCUGGGUGUAGUGGCGUUGACCUACCUCGGCUACGUUGCACCGUGGAGUGGACGUUUCUACUCGCUCUAUGACACAAACUAUGCCAAGAUUCACAUUCCCAUCAUCUCCAGUGUGGCCGAGCAUCAGCCCACCACCUGGCUGGCGUUCUUCCGUGAUCUGCAUAUCCUGGUCAUUGCCUUCCCCGCCGGUGUCUGGCUAUGCUUCCGCAAGCUGUCCGACGAGUGUGUCUUCGUUCUGAUCUAUGCUGUGACGGCAUCGUACUUCUCCGGUGUCAUGGUGCGUCUCAUCUUGACACUGACACCCAUCGUGUGCGUGAUGGCAGCCAUUGCCAUGUCCUCCGUGCUGGAGAAGCAGAUGGGCAGCAAGGUGCUGGAGCUCGACUCCAUCUACACGCAUACGACCACGUCCGACGCCUACAACAUCCUCACCGAGGAUAAGUCCACCAAGGCCAGUGCUAAGGCUGGACGUCGUAAGCAGCAGAAGGAACGCCAACAAAAGGAACCGGAACCCGAGCCAGAGGCCGAGGAGAAGACCACCACCAGCACCAGCAGCGCACCCGAGAAGCAGGCCAAGCGCGGCAAUGUCGUGUUCCGCUACGGCGUGGUCGCCCUGCUCUGCGUCUUCCUGGGAAUGUUUGCCGUCCAUUGCACGUGGACAACGAGCUAUAUGUACAGUGGACCCUCUGUUAUUCUCGAGUCUUCAAACUCUGAUGGAUCACGUCGCAUUCUGGAUGAUUUCCGUGAGGGCUACUUCUGGCUGCGUCAGAACACUCACCCGCAGGCCAGGAUCAUGUCCUGGUGGGACUAUGGCUAUCAGAUAGCAGGCUUUGCCAAUCGUACCACGUUAGUGGACAACAACACCUGGAACAACAGCCACAUUGCUAUGGUGGGCAAGGCGAUGUCGAGUAACGAAUCAGCAGCUUACGAGAUAAUGCGCUCACUUGAUGUAGACUACGUACUGGUAAUCUUCGGUGGACAGAUUGGCUAUAGUGGAGAUGAUAUCAACAAGUUCCUCUGGAUGGUGCGCAUUGCCGAGGGUGAACAUCCCAAGGAAAUCAGGGAGCCCGACUACUUUGCCGACGGUCAGUUCCGUGUGGACUCCGGUGGCUCCAAGACACUGCUCAACUGCCUGAUGUACAAGCUAUGCUACUAUCGAUUUGGCGAAGUGCAGCAUGGCUGGAACUCACCACGUGGCUAUGACCACACUCGCAAUGUCGAGAUUGGUCACAAGGACUUUGAGCUCACUCACCUGGAGGAGGCGUUCACCUCCGAGCACUGGCUUGUCCGUAUCUACAAGGUAAAGGAUCUUGUUAACCGUGAGAAGUCCGGCCUGUCAGCACGCAAGACCAACCGCAAGAACCUGCCUCGUGUCAAGAGAGUCAAGACUUCUGGUCGUCCCCGUGGCAAUGUCAAGGACAAGCUCUCGUUGAAGAAGGGUAAGGCGGUCAAGAAGAGGACCGGUGGCAGCGCCAAGAAAGCCACCAAGGCCAAGAAGAAGUAAGCGAUGCGAUGUUGAGCACAACACUGCAGUACACUGGAGCCAGCCAGCCAGCUAGCCAGCUAGCUAGCACCAACGAGUAGUGUUGGCAGCCAUUGCUGCCGUCGGUCCAGCGCCAGUUGCCGUCGGUCCAGUGCCAGUUGCUGUCGGUCCAGUGCCAGUUGCUCUCUUUCACCGCUUUCGCUUCUCUCUGUCUCUCUUUUCCAUUCGUAUUGUGUGUGUGUGUGUGUGUGUGUGUGGCGAGCAGUUUGUAGUGGAUUAGCCCAUAGCCAUCAGUCACACCUCAUCAUCAUCGUUGUUGUGUUCUGUGCUGCUGCUGCUACUCUCACAGCCAAUUUCCUUUGAGAUUAGCUGUCUAACCUGGAAGCGUCACAGGGAGGUUUCUGCCAUCUUUAUUUCUGGCUGGAUCACCUCUCCGGAGUUGUAGCUUCCAUUGAAACGUUUGGGUGGGUGUGGUGUGCACUCACAGACACACAUAACAUAUACACUGAUUUCAUUCAAAAUUCAUUUGUCACUUAUUCCAACUGUUGCUUCGUUUUGUCUCAUUCCUUGAAACCAUGUACAACCUCCACCAUGUAAAAUAACCAAUUGUAACAAGAACGAAA